CCACCUACACCUAUAAUAUAACACACUCUCUCUCUACUGUCUCCCAAUUUCAUCGCUUACUCUCUCUCUCUCUCUCUGGAGCGUUCUCUAUUUACAGUGAGCUUCUCUAGACCGCGAUCGCCGGAAAAAUCAUAAUCCGAUUAUCUGAGCUUAGGCUCGGCUAAAUUAUGGAUUGCUCUUCUACGAUGCAUCCAAAUGCAAACAAAGAGAACGUCUCUACUUCAGAUGUUGAAGGAGGUUUUGGCCGCAUAACGAGAUCACGAGCUAAAAAGGCCUUGGGAGGAGGAGUAUCUAUACCUCCAACAAAACCCUCUUUUAAACAGCAAAAGAAGCGUUCAGUACUUCAGGAUGUGAGUAAUACCUCUGCAGGAAAUAUAUAUUCUGACCUCCUGGGAGGAGGGAACAUCAAGGUUACCAAAAAAAGUCUAAAGCAGCGUAAAAAGGCAGCAAAGGAAGGUGCUGAUGUUGCCAUGGAGAUUCUGGAUGAUAUGCAUACAGAAAAAUCGAAACUAGCUGAAGAUUUGUCCAAGAUCAGGAUGGCGGAAUCCCUAAAUGCUUCUCUUUCUAUCUCUAAGGAUGAAGAAAUUACUGAGCAACAAGAAGACGGAUCUGGUGCAAUGGAUUUUUGUCAAGUUGUAGAUAUCGAUUCCAAUGAUAAAGAUCCUCAGUGUUGCAGCUUGUAUGCUGCUGAUAUAUACGACAACAUAAAUGUUGCAGAGCUUCAACCGCGACCCUUGGCUAAUUAUAUGGAGCUUGUGCAGCGAGAUAUCGACCCAUCCAUGAGAAGGAUUCUAAUUGACUGGCUUGUAGAGGUUUCUGAAGACUACAAUCUGGUUCCAGAUACGCUUUACCUUACUGUGAAUCUUAUUGAUCGGUUUCUAUCCAACAGUUGCAUUGAAAGGCAUAGACUCCAGCUCCUUGGUGUCACUUGCAUGCUUAUAGCUUCAAAAUACGAAGAGCUUUGCGCACCACCGGUGGAGGAGUUUUGCUGCAUUACGGCCAAUACAUACACGAGACCGGAAGUGCUGAGCAUGGAGAUUCAAGUUCUAAAUUUCGUGCAAUUUAAAUUAUCUGUUCCUACCACCAAAACCUUUCUGAGGCGGUUUCUUAGAGCAGCUCAAGCUUCUUACAAGUCGCCUCUCGUUGAAAUGGAGUUUUUAGCAAACUAUCUCGCCGAGCUGACACUCGUGGAAUAUAAUUUCCUAAGGUUCCUGCCAUCACUAGUUGCUGCUUCAGCUGUUUUCCUAGCCAGAUGGACCCUCGACCAAACUGAAGAUCCUUGGAAUCCUACUCUGCAGCACUAUACCAGAUAUGACGUAGCUGAGCUGAAAACAGCAGUACUCGCAAUGGAGGAUUUGCAGCUCAACACCAGUGGAUGUACCCUCACUGCCACCCGUGAGAAAUACAACCAAGCAAAGUUUAAGAGCGUGGCAAAGCUGGCAUCUCCCAAACGAGUUACACCACUUUUCUCAGGAUGAAACUAAAACAAUAACCAAGGCCGGUGGUGAUCAAUCCCUAGUUUCAGACAUUGGAUUUAGUGGUCUCUUCCUUUGACCAUUGAUUUCCCAGUGUUUGUUUCUGCUCAAGUUUUGUCUGUCUGUUUCUAUGUAGCUAUUGUGUGGCGCUAGUGAUUUAUAAGACCAUUUACUUGUCACAUAUGUUAAGGAAUUUUGUUAUCUCAUUUCUACACCUAUUCACCACCUUGCAAGAUUAUGUACUUAAGAGCUCUUGUAAAAGGAAUAGAGACAAAAGUUAUAAUAAUAUAUAUGAUUCAUGUUU